GCAGCAAUCGUCAUGGCAGCCACAGCAGCAGCUCUCGUCGCGGCGGUGGCAUUCGUUGUCGUCGCCACCGUCGGCGCCGCCGGCGUCGAUGACCACGCCAGCCUGAUCCUGCAGAAGGCGCUGCUGAAAAAGUGCGCCCACGCUUACACGGCUUCCUGUCUCAAGAUGGACCUCGUCUCUUACGUGGAAAGAGUUGCCCGCCAACACACCUUUCAGAUAAUGCCUAGCGUAAGCAUGGUCCUGCAUGAGUCCGAGGCCGAGGCAACCGGCCGCUCAGGUGGCUCCGAGUCCGUUGAGUCGGUGAUGGAGGCUGUGGCCCAGGACUCAGAUGCCGCCGAAAAUAGGCUGGAUGGCCUGCUGGUCGACCGCAUGUCCCGCUACCUGGACACGCACGCCAUUAGCGUCCGACUCUUCGACGAGGCCACCCUUGCCAAGAUCAGGAAGGUGGGACAGGAUGUUGCUGAAAAGUACGCCCACAUCGCCGCACAGUCUGGCCGCGGCAAGGACAAGAAGGGCGGCGGCGCCCUGCUGAUGGGCCUGAUGAUGAUGAAGGCGACCCUGGGCGCCCUUGGCUUCGGAGCGAUUGCCGCGCUGGCCGGAAAGGCGCUGAUGGUCGGUCUGCUGGCCAUGAUGCUGUCCGCCAUCGUGGGCCUCAAGUCGCUGGCGUCCGGCGGCGGAAAGUCUGUUACCUACGAGAUCGUGUCCAAGCCCGUGUACUCGCACUCGCACAGCCACUCGUCCGAGCACGAGCACGGCGGCUACAGCGGCGGCGGCGGCAGCAGCGGUGGAUACGGACACAGGAGGAGCCUCGACGCCCAUCAAAUGGCUUUCGCAGGACAGCACUGAAUGCUUUUCCUCUUUUCUUUCUUUGACUGUCCUGUGCUGCCUUGCCUUGUUAAGACGGACAAAACUGUUUUUCUCUGUGAUUUCUGACUCAACUUCUGUUCUGACUGAGACUGCCGCUCAACUGAUACGCUUUUCCUACUACUCCCUCUCAUCCUGUUUUCUUCUCUUUGACUUGUGACUUUUAAUUUAUUGUUCUGUUAACUUAUUGAAUAAAUUAUUUUAAAUUAAAAACGUUUCUUAAGUAAA